AUGAGAAUAUGGCUCGGACGAGAAAUUGUUGUGGUUGGCCUUCCUCCCCUCGCUCAGCCGCUUAGCCUGCCUGGAAGUUGCUCGGUCCCACGAAAAAAUGAAUACCGGAUGCAGUGUUAAUGGAGUAGUUCUUACGGAAGAUGAUCCAGAUAGGGUUAAAUAUCAAAGUAUGCUCAAAUUUAUGCAUCAAGAAGUUGUGCAUUCAUCUCAAGAGAUCAAGAGAAAGAAUAAAGAAAUUGAGUUUCUCAAGAAUAUAAAUAAGAAGAUAUCUGAUGAUUGUGCAGAGAAACAAAAAACGGUGGAUAAGAGUAUGAGUGAAUUGAAAGAGAAUCUGAAAAGAGCUGUUUUAGAAAGAGACAAGUUAGGAGAGAAACUAGCAGAGGAGCUUAACAUAUGGAAAGAGAAACUUGAGAUAGCCGAGGAAGAAAGAGAUUACACCAAAGAGAAUCUGGAAAAAAUUAAAAGACAAGUAGAUGAGGCCAGGGAAAAGGAACACUUCCUGGACAACUAUAAGAAGGAGAAGUUUAUAGAAGUUGCUAAAAAGGUAGAGGAACUACAAGCGAAGCUAUGCAAAAUGAAAGACGCAAAGAUAGAUCUAAAAAAGAAGCUGGAUGAAAUGAAGGAUAUGUUCAAGGAGUUCAAGGACAAUGUUCAAAGGAUCAACGUGCAAAUAGAAAAAAAGAUCUGCAAAGACCUGAAUAAGGUUGACUUCAUAUUGCAGGAGAAUGAAUUUGAACUUGAGUUGAAAGAAAAAGUUGAUGGUUUCGGAGGUGAAGUUUGCCAAGAUAAAGAGAAGAAAAGCAUGUUUUCAAAAGAGUACAUACUGAGAAAACUAUUUGAAAUGGUGACUUGCCAGUUCUGUAAGGCAGUUCAGAAAGAUGGGAUCAUGGGGAUAUGCAUGAAGGAUCAUUUGCUCUGCAAAAAGUGUUCUAGACAAUGGUGUUUAAUAUGCAAGGAUGGAAAUACGCCAUUAUUUUAUGCGCCUCUGGCUCCUAGGAUAUCGGAUUUACUGCAGUUUUCAUGUGUUAAUCUGGACAAGGGUUGUACUGUUGAACUUCACAGGAUGGAUUUACAAGUGCACGAGCUUGAUUGCAAGUACGCUGAGAACCAAAAGUGUCCUGAAAUCAAAUGUGAAAGAAAAGUUUCCCUGGCAAAUGCAAUGGAUCACAUAGAAAGCUGUUUUGAUUUGUCCAACCCUGGACCUUGUCUUACACUAGGGGUGAACCAGAAUAUUGUCUUCACACAGAACGUAUUCUUCAGUGUAUUCCGACCAGUUCUCCGGUUAAUAGAAGGUAGCAAGGAUGUCCUGGUUCUAUGUUCUCAGAUGUUUAACGAGAAAACCAUCAUAUUUUUAAGGCUCAUGACAAAGCCAAAGUACAGAUACAUUGUAGAAGUAAAAAUUGUUGGAAACGAUGACACAAGCAGAUCCUUUCAAGGAGAACCCAUACCUUUUGGGAUGGGGAUAGAUGUUGCGAUGAAGAACGGGUUCACUCUGGAGUUCUCCCAGGAAACCUUGGAGAACAUUACCAGGGUUCAGAAGGACCCCAUUACCGAGUACAAGUUACACUUAGAAUUAACAUUACUGAAGCAAAUAAAGUUGGGAAGAAAAGAAAUCGAGGUAAAAUGAUCAAACAACCUCACCUCUUUAUCUAUGCACACAAAUGUACCUAUAUUAUUUUCAUCCUAUCUAUACGUUACAUUCACAUUUUUUAAUCAAUUUAUUAUUGAAUGUUUAGUCUUUUCAUCAAAAUUGAAAACUUUGUAUUGAAUAAACAGAUGUUUAAAUCUU